GUCCUGCACAAUCUCUGUGUCGUAAUUCAAAUUAAAAAUCAAACAUAUUUACUAAAAAAAUCACUGAGUGCUUCACCCCCAGCCCCCACUUUCUCAAAAAAUCCACCCCCGCCCCCAAAAAACGCUUAAAAUUUCCCACAUCUGGAUUUACGUGAUUUCUUCCCCAGUGAUAUUUUAAAAUCAAGUGUCCAAAUUAUCCAUUUAUACAUAUAUAUAUCCAAACAAAUAUGAAAAUAUAUGACAGCAUAAAUUGUUUUUUUAAUUAAAAUAACAGUCAUGAAUUAAAUAAUAAAUAACAUAAAUAGUAUAUCUACAUCUAUUUAUAUAAGUGGAAAAUAUAUGAGAUAACAUAUAUAUAAAUAUAUAUAUAUAUACAUAUAUAAUAUAUAAGACUAAAUGAAGAGAAUGAAGAUGAAUUUUAAAAAAUGAGGAGAUAAAUACUCAAGAUUUUCAUUUAAAAAUAUAUAUAUAUAUAUAUAUAUAUGUAAAUAUAUAAAUAAUAUUGUGAGUUGAGAGUUAAUAUGUCGUGUUAUAUGUUCGAUGAAGCGUGCAGGUUGUUUAAAAUGCAAUUGCAGUUAUAUUAAAACGGAUCCGAGGUCAUAUGGAGUAAAAGUGUUUUGCCGCGAGCGAUACAGAUUCAAUUAUUUAUCGUUUAUCCUAACGAGUUUUAAUUAAUCAUGUCUUAACUUAAUUAACCAGUGGUUUGUUAAUAUUUUUUCUAAAUAAUUAAUAUAUAUAUAUAUAUAUUAUUAUUGUUGUUAUGGUAAAUUAACGUGGAUAGUUAAAAUGUAAUUGGAGUGAUUUUUCUCGAAAAGACGAGACGGGAUUUGAAUAAAUGAUGAUGGCACCUAAAGUUGUUGGUGUUUUGCUGAAAAAACCUGGUCAGCAAAAUCAUUGUGUUGCUUCUUUUGAUCCACAGGAUACUAAAAUUCGAGGCGAGCUGUAUGUCGAGGACUUAGGUGAAAGGCGAAUGGUAUCGAUUAGGAUGGGCUGGCUAUGGGUAGAAGGAACACCGAUGAGACUUGCACUGAGGGCACUGAACCUUCGUCAAGCAUCGCCUGGAAUAUGUCAACCACAUGCACUCGCACUUGGGUUUACAUUGAGUAAUUCCAAAGGCGACCAUCUAGCUACUUUUUGGGCUGAUACAGAGCCAGCCUACUGGUCAUGGGUACGUGCCAUAGCGUCCGAACUAGUCCGACAGACGCCAUUUCGUGCCCAGCGGUGUCUAAACUUCCUUGAGAUUUUGAUGAUUUGCCCACGAGGUCCAAUUCCAUUGCCUGAGAGUCCACCCGAGUCGAGACGUCGCUCGCGAAGUGAACUUCGCUGCUGGAUCAGCAACACCGACUCUCCUUUGGACAAGGACCUACGCUCAUCCAACAUUCUCAUCGAAGACACACGACGUCGUGCGCGUAGUGAAUUGCGCUGCUGGUCCAGUAGCAAUUCCAGCGACGAAGACGCCAUUAUAAUAAACGAGUAUCGUCCGUCGCCGACGAUAUCGAUCCUACCGAAAAUCACCCCCACCCGUGCCUGGGGAUGUAGCGAAAGCAGCGAAGGCAGUGACGAUAGUUUGCCCUGGGCCAUUACCCCUUCUCCAAAUUUGACGUCAACCCCCACCACUUCGUUACUUUCGUCACCAAUUCCCCUUCCCGAGGCACCGACCCGAGAGCAGAGGAUUCAACGGUACAAAGAAGCACGUCGACGUGAAAAUGAAGCACGCAGUCGUCGUGUCCUUGAAGAAGACGCUCGUCGACGUCGCGCACGCGCAGAAGAAAAUAAUAAUAACAAUGAAUUAACAAAAUAUUCGCUAAUUAAAUUCCGACGAUCACCAAAAUCAUCAAUUUCCAAUUUAUCCAAUUCCAAUGACGUAAAUGAUGAUUAUCCAAUUAAAUUGUCUCCAAUAAAAUCAAUCGAUGUAGUAGAUUCUAUUAGUUCCAUUAAUUCUAUUAAUUCUAUUAAUUCUAUUAAAUCUAAUAAUUCCAUUAAUUUAAGACUGCCACCAAUAAAACCUGAUAUUAGAUCAGAACAAAAAUUAAUGGAAGACACCCGUAAUAAUAACAAAAAAAAUAAUGACGACAGAGGAAUUAAAUUGGAUCUAAAUGAGCGACGUAGUCGUGCUCGGGAACGUCGGACAUUUCGGACUGAUUCUAAUAGUAAGUUAAUAGACAGUAAGGAACGUUGUGGAAUAAUUGGAUCGCGUAUUCCAAUUUCGCGGCACGUUACAAUGUCAUUGGAUAGUAAAACUAUUGGAUCUGGACUGAGCUUAGAGAGGCCAAGGAAUCCAAUAGUCAAAAGUGAGGUUAAGAUUCUGAGCCCGGUUUCUAAUAUUAGUCCAAUUAACUCCAUUACUUCCAUUAGUUCUAAUAAUUCUAUUAACUUGACGCUGGAAAGUUCCAGUUCUAAUACUGCUGAAAUAUCGGAAAGUCCGAGGACUCCUUGUCAAGAGGACGUUGCUAAAUUGUUAAAGAGGUGCCAGAGGGUCGACCAUUACGUGCCGGUAAGGGAGAAACUGACGUUAUUCGAGUCGCUGUCGAGAAUGGGGGGAAGACUGGCGAGAAGUACCGAGGAUUUGGGACGGACUUCGGCCCAGCCUAGUCCCAAAGGUAAACAGAGGGCCCGAUCGCUUCAUGAUUUAAAUCGGGGAGUGAAAACUGUUCCCGUGAGGGAAAUGUGCCGAUUGUUUGAGGGAGAGAAAGAGGUUACGUUGAAAAAUAAGGAACUGAGGCAUGACGCGCCCUGUGUAAGAGCCAGCACAAGAAAAAAACAUUAUGGAAAAUGACCAAAGAAUGCGGAUUAAUUAGAUCUAAAUAUUUGGGCUUGGGAUUAAUUUUUAGAGUAUUUUUAUUAUUGGAUCUGGUCCCUGAAUGUUUGGUGAUGCUUAAUAUUAAAUUUCAUGCAAAACUAAAAUUAAUUGGAGUCAGAAUCACAUUUUUUUAGUCAUCGGAUCUGAACUGUGCAAAACAAAAAUUUAAUUCAUCAAUUGGAUGACGUAAUAAAAAUUAAUUGCUAUCUAAUCCAUUUAUUACGUAACCAUACAAAGCCAAAUACACUAAUGGAUAAUUAGAUCUAGUUAUUAAUUAGAUCGAAUUAUUAAUUAGAUCUGAAUUUUAAAAAAUACCUGGAAUUAAAUUUAAUAAAUGUUGUAUCACCUGUGAAAUUUCAUUGAUAAUUGGAGUCAACUAUCAGAUCUAGCUAAUUAAAUCUAACAAUCAGAUCCAAUUAAUAAAUAAUGUAAAAUCUUAAAACAUCUAAUUAUGCUAAAUCAAUCAUAACUAGUUUGCAUAAUUAGAACUAGUAGUUAGAUCUAAUUAAUUAGAUCUAACUAAUUAGAUCUAAAAUUCAAAUUUCAAGUAAAAUGGAAAUGUGAUUGAUUUGUGGAAGUUUGAUGAAAAAAUUCAAUUGGACUUAAAUUAAUUGGAUCGUAUUAGAUCCAAUUAUGAUUAAAAUUGUAAAUAUUGUUAACCAUCGGUAUUUUUAUCUAAAAAAAUGGAAAUAACUACACGAGACUCAAUCGAGAGACUAAAGAAGUUACUGGAACGAAUAAUUUCGUAACGCCCGAGUGAAAUGGAGAGAGAAGGGGAUUAUGAUAGAGAAACCAGUAAUUUACAUUAAACGUUACACUCUCAGAGAUGUUGAACACCUGUAGAUUAUGUACUCUUAUAAACCGUAUGUUCACUUCACUUGAUUCAUUUUAUUCAAUAAGUAUUAAUAUUUAUUUAAAAUUUAUAUAUAUUUUUUUCCCUUCUUUCUAUACAAUAAAAUUAUUUUUCGUUUACUCAAUAAUUAUAAUAGGUGCUACCAAUGCUGCCAUAAAAAAUUAUUUAUUAGACUUAACUAAAUACUCACACAUUUACACAACCCGACAUUCGAAAUUACGAAACGUAUAUAUUGUCAUAUAUUUUUUUUUAGUCUUGCAAAAUUUAUUUUUUUAAAAUUUCUCAUCUGUCAGAAAAUUUUUUCCUGAAAAUCUGACCCAUUAAAAAAAAUUCCUUAGAUCAAUUAAUAAUGGGCAAGUUGGCCAUCUGGGGUAAAAUGGCCAGUUAUAAAAAAAGAGCCAUUUUAUUUCAGCUGUCAAAAAAUUACAUUUUGAAAAAAAAAAGAAAAAUAAAUUUUUCAAUUUUUUUUUUAAAUUCCAAAAAAAAUUUUGAAAAAUUUUAAUCUUUGCAUCUAAAAAUAUCCAGAUAAAAUACCGUUAUGACCCGGGUUAAAAACAAGUUUUGGAUUUAAUUAAAAAAAAAAAUUAAUGACAUAAAAAAAAUUUUCGUCUCUCGAUUGCCAUAAAUAUUUUUUUUUGUUAAUAAUUUAAAAGUGUACAUAAAAAAAAAAAUUAAUAAAUGUUGGUUAUAAAAAUAUUUAACUAAAAAUAAAUACCUAGUAUUUAAUUACCAUCAAUAAUUAAUUAAUAAAUAAUAUUAAUUAUCAUUAUUAUUAAAAUUUGGUCCCUCGCCAAAGAGGUCCUCUAGUCCUUAUAUUAAGUCAUUGUUAUGUUUAUUAUUAAUUAUCAUAUAAUAAUAAUUUUAAAAAAAUUGAAAACAAUAAUAAUAAUAAUAAUAAUAAUAAUAAUAAUAAUAAUUACUGUUAUUAUUACUAUUAUAAUUACAAUUGUAAUUGUAGAAGUUGGUAUAUAUUGUAUGUUUAUAACCUUGAUGUAUGG